AUGGCAACUAAUAACAUUGUGGUUCUGGGGGCUGGCGUGUCCGGUUUGACAACUGCGUACCUGCUGUCGCAAGACCCGAAAAACAAUAUUACCGUGCUGGCAAAGCAUAUGCCGGGUGAUUAUGACGUGGAGUAUGCAUCUCCAUGGGCCGGGGCCAAUUAUAUGCCGGUUGGAAAAGAAGGGAGCCAUCACCAAGCCUGGGAGCGCGCUACCUGGCCAGCAUUGAAAGAAAUUACGGAAAAGUACCCGGAGGCCGGUAUCCACUUCCGAGGCUCCGUGAUCUAUAACCGAAAGAAGGACCAAGAGACAGCAACUGGUGACUGGUUCUCAGAAUUGGUACAGCCGAACCCUUGGUACAAGGACGUUGUGCCUGAUUUCAAAACCACCCCGGACGAUCAGCUAGCUCCGGGGAUUGACAAUGCCCAGGAAUUCACGUCGGUUUGUAUUAACACAGCGGUGUACUUGCCAUGGCUAGUUGGCCAGUGUGUCAAAAACGGCGCGGUAUUCAAACGCGCCGUACUCAAGCAUAUUGCCGACGCUGCCAGCGCCCAUCACACCGGCCAGAAAGCCGAUGUAGUUGUCAACUGCACUGGCCUGUCUGCCAAAACUCUUGGUGGCGUUCUCGAUGAGAAGAUGUAUCCCGCUCGGGGUCAAAUUGUGGUUGUCCGCAAUGAUCCAGGACCCAUGGUGUCGGCAUCAGGAACUGAUGACGGAGAAGACGAGGCUCUAUACAUCAUGACUCGUGCCGCAGGUGGUGGUACCAUUCUCGGUGGAUCUUACCAAAAGCACAACUGGGAUGGAACCCCGGAUAUGAACCUCGCCAACCGAAUUAUGAAGCGUUGCAUUAAAAUUUGUCCCAGCUUGGUGAAGGAGGGCCAAGGAAUCGAGGGCCUGGAUAUUAUCCGGCAUGGCGUUGGCUUGCGCCCUCUGAGAGAGGGUGGAACCCGCAUUGAGAAGGACAAGGUAAAUGGAGUCGCCGUCGUUCACAACUAUGGUCAUGGCGGGUUUGGAUAUCAGGCCUCUUUUGGAUGUGCAUACGCCACUGUUUCCUUGGUCAAAGAUGUCCUGCAAAACAAGUCCCUGGCCAAACUGUGA